ACUCACUAUUGUCCCAGUGAAACACGUGCUUGGCCAAUAUUUGUUCCGCGGUGGAGAACACCUCGAAGACGUCACACAGGAGGAAGAACAAAAUAAGAUGGCGUCUGGCGGAGAAUACGUUGUUUUGGUUAUUAUGGUUUCUAGGUCUUAAUUACAACGUACAUAUGCACAUGUGUGUCGUUUAACGGAGUAAACGUCGUUAUUAAUUGUUUGCAUGUGGAUACAUUAGUCUGAGUGCACUUUGAAGUGUUAGCCUAGCCUGCUGGUUAGCUUAGCUUGUUAGCUGCUAACAAACAGAGGCGGAAGUGAUCGACACAUCAAAGCAGAGAUCCAAUGUCGCGGGGGCAGCAGCCUAAGCAGGGAAGCCCAGACUUUCCUCUCCCCAGCCGCUUCGUCCAUCUCUUCCAGAGGCAUUCCCAGGCCAGCCGGGAGACAUAGUCUACCCAACGUGUCCUGGGUCUUCCCCGUGGCCUCCUACAGGUCGGACGUGCCCUAAACACCUCCCUCGGGAGGCGUUUGGGUGGCAUCCUGACCAAAUGCCUGAACCACCUAAUCUGGCUCCUCUCCAUGUGGAGGAGCAGCAGCUUUACUUUGAGCUCCUCCCGGAUGACAGAGCUUCUCACCCUAUCUCUAAGGGAGAGCCUUAUUUCGGCCGCUUGUACCCUUGAUCUUGUCCUUUCGGUCAUAACCCAAAGCUCAUGACCAUAGGUGAGGGUGGGAACGUAGAUCGACCGCACCGAUCCGCCCGUCAAACUCAUAAUCCUCUGUUCUCUCACUCGUGAACAAUACUCCUAAGUACUUGAAAUCCUCCACCUGGGGAUGGGAAUUCCACCCUUUUCCCGACGAGAACCUUGGACUCGGACUUGGAGGUGCUGAUUCUCAUCACAAUCGCUUCACACUCGGCUGCGAACUGAUCCAGUGAGAACUGAAGAUCCUGGCCAGUUGAAACCAUCAAGACUAAAUCAUCUGCAAAAAGCAGAGACCUAAUCCUGCAGCCACCAAACCGGAUCUCCUUGACUGCGCCUAGUAAUUCUUUCCAUAGAAGUUAUGAUCCGCCUUGGCGGAGUCCAACCCUCACUGGAAAAGUGUCCGACUUACUGCGGACCAAGUUCUGACACUGAUCAUACAGGGAGCGGACUGCCACAAUCAGACAGUCCGAUACCCCAUACUCUCUAAACUCUCCCCAAAGGACUUCCUGAGGGACACGGUCGAAUGCCUUCUCAAAGUCCACAGCGCACAUGUAGACUGGUUGGGCAAACUCCCAUGCACCCUCAAGGACCCUGCCGAGAGUAUAGAGCUGGUCCACAGUUCCACGACCAAGACGAAAACCACACUGUUCCUCCUGAAUCCAAGGUUCGACUAUCCGGCAUGAACUCCUCUCCAGUACACCUGAAUAGACCUUCCCGGGAAGGCUAAGGAUGCUUAUACAUAUUGACACAAAUAUAAAAAAAACACUAACCUUGUGACUGAUGCUUUUGCAAUUGUUCGAUUUGAUCUUUCACAACACCUAGUGGCCACAAUAAUUCAUGAAGUCAAGCUCCUGCCGCAGAAAGUUGAACGAGGAGGACACGUUUCUUACUAGAUACUUUCUAUCAGACUUCUCUUUGGGAGACUUUGUGUACGUAUUAAGCAACUAUAUUUAUUUAAUAUGCUUAAAUGUGCUGUUUUAGCUUAGCUGUUGUGUAGCUGCUAGCUCCUCCAAAGUGCAGCCCAUAGCUAUGUUUUUAAAACGGGGAGUGUUGAAAAUGUGGUAUUUGCGUGUCGGUCCAAUCAGCGGCAGCUACGCCCUGUUUCGUCAGUGGACCUAAGUCUUUGGCUUGGUAGGCGGGUACAAGCCUACCAAGCCAGGUAGUACAAGCACGAGCAUGGAGGAGCCUUUGUAGUGGUGUCGCAGCUCGGUGGUCGUGCCGUCAGCUCCCUGUGUGCGUUCCCGAGCCACGCUGUGUGUCGUGUGCUUUUUGGAUUCCCCUUGUCUUCCUCUGGCUUCCUGGUUUUUGAUCCCUUGCUCGCCCCCGGACAAACGACGACUCUCUCCUGCCUCUCGACCACGCUUCUGCCUUGGACUUCCCUACCUGCCUUGCCCGCGCCUGACAGCUCAGCUCCUCUCAACACGCACCUCCAACACUUGCGACGUCUGUGAAGAACAUCUUUACCCUGAGCAACAGAAGUGGAGCUUCAGGAUGCAGACGGAGGAGACACAGCCCUCCCACAUUAAGAAGGAAGAGGAAUACUCACAGACCACUCACAUCAAAGAGGAAGAGGAGGACACACUGACACCCCAUUUUAAAGAGGAAGUGGUGGAUCCACUGAGCCCUCACAUUAAGGAGGAAAAGGUGGAUCCACUGACACCCCAUUUUAAAGAGAAAGCGGUGGAUCCACUGAGUCCUCACAUUAAGGAGGAAAAAAUGGAUCCACCUACAUCCCAUUUUAAAGAGGAAAAGGAGGACCCACUGACACCCCAUUUUACAGAGGAAUCGGUGGAUCCACUGACCCCUCACAUUAAAGAGGAAGAGGAGGAACACAGCAUCAGUCAGCAGGGAGAGCAUCUUGAAGAACUGGAAGAGGUUGAUGCCACCAAGAUGCCAGUGACUGGUGUCCCUAUGAAGAGUGAAGAUGAUGAGGUCAAAGGUGAGAGUGAGGAGAAGAGAGGGGCGGAGCCUCCAAGCAGCAGCUCAACACAACACAUGACAACAGAAGCUGAUGGAGACCACUGUGGAGGAUCAGAAGCAGACAAACUCUUAGCUCCACUAUCAGAUAGUGAGGACACAACGUCACACUCUCCUGACACUGAUGAUGAAGACUCUAAAGAUGAUAAGACAUGUCACACUGACAACACUCACUUGAAAUGUUCUCACUGUGACAAAACUUUUAAAUAUCCUAGUGAUUUGAAAAGACACAUGAGGACACACACUGGAGAAAAACCUUUUUCAUGUUCAAUAUGCGGUAAAGAUUUUACUCAAAAGCCCCAUUUCAAAGCACACAUGAGAAUACACACUGGAGAAAAACAUUUUUCGUGUUCAGAAUGUAAUAAAAGUUUUGUCAGAAAUCAAAAAUUAAAAGAACACAUGAAAAUACACACUGGAGAAAAACCUUUUUCAUGUUCAAUCUGCGGUAAAAAUUAUACUCGAAGGCAAUAUUUCAAAACACACAUGAGAAUACACGCUGGAGAAAAGCCUUUUUCCUGCUCAGAAUGUGGUAAAAGUUUUGUAAUAAAUCAAAGUUUAAAAAAACACAUGAGAAUACACACAGGAGAAAAACCUUUUUCAUGUUCAAUCUGCGGUAAAGAUUUUACUCAAAAGCAUCAUUUAAAAAUACAUGAGAAUACACACCGUAGAGAAACCUUUUUCGUGUUCAACCUCCGGUAAAGAUUUUACUCAAGGGGUUAGCGCGUCUGCCUCACAAUAUUUAAGAUCCUGCAGUCCUGGGUUCAAUCCCAGGCUCAGGAUCUUUCUGUGUGGAGUUUGCAUGUUCUCCCUGUGAAUGCGUGGGUUCCCUCCGGGUACUCCGGCUUCUUCCCACUUCCAAAGACAUGCACCUGGGGAUAGGUUGAUUGGCAACACUAAAUGGACCCUAGUGUGUGAACGUGAGUGUGAAUGUUGUCCGUCUAUCUGUGUUGGCCCUGCGAUGAGGUCAUGACUUGUCCAGAGUGUACCCCGCCUCCCGCCCGAUUGUAGCUGAGAUAGGAGCCAGCGCCCCCCGUCACCCCAAAAGUGAAUAAGCGGUAGAAAAAUGGAUGGAUGAACAAUUUCAUAGCGCACAUGAGAAUACACAAUGGAGAAAAACAUUUUUCCUGCACAUAAUGUGGUAAAAGUUUUGUAACAAAUACAAAUUUAAAAAUACACAUGAGCACACACUGGUGGAAAACAUUUUUAAUGUUCAGUAUGUGGUAAAAGUUAUAUUGAAAAACAGCAAUUAAAAUGACACAUGAUAAUUUACUCUGGCAAAAAAAACAUACUCCUGUUCAAGCUAAGCUUUUUUUUUUACCCAAAAUCUUGUACAGUACACAUGAGAAGGCACACAGGAGAAAAAGUGCUGAGUUGCAGUGUGUGUGGUGAAAUAUUCUCUUCUAAGUACCAGUGUAAGAAACACAAGUGUGCUGGUGAGAACAGCAGCAGCAAAUGAAACUGCAGGAUUUGAAAUAAACUGUCAAAACUUUAACUUUGACUUUCUAAUAUGUGUGACAUCAUUGUUGUGUGUGUGUAACACAAUCCUGUUAAUAUGAUUCUAACAUUUAUAGAUUAGACACUUCAGAUUAGAGCUUUUAUUUCAGUCAAGUACAUGAGUUAAUAUGCACAUUUGUGUACUUUAAAUUGAACACAACAAUUUGACUGAAAAGAUGAGAAUAAACAGUACAUACAAUAUGUUACACACAAUAAACAUUUAAUGUUUAGACAUUCAUAAUUCACUUUUAUACUUAUUCAUAAAAGUGUUUUAUAUGUUUUUCGAAAUAAUGACGUGUUACAUAGUUUGUUUUCUAAUUGUAGAUGAUUCAACAGAUAAACUCCUUUAUAUGAUGUACAUAUUUGUUUUACAUGUGUUCAUACCUUUGCUUUUGAGUACACAUAAAUCCCACUUAGUUCAUAUUUACUGGUUCACAUCUGAAACAUCUUCUGGACCACUUCUGGAAGCAUAUUAUUAUUUACUUUAUACAUCAUUUGAACACUUGUCUUGUAUACAAUUUUUUAAAUGUGUGACUUUAUGAAUCAUUUGUUGGGUCUUUAAAUAAUCAAUUCUAUUAAUUAUCUUUAUUACUCUCUUGUGUAAUAUGAAUAUUGUUGUGUGAUUGUUUUAUAUGUAUGUCCCCAGACAUUUAUGCAAUAAACAGUUUAUGUUUCAACUACA